CACACUGCCGCAGACGGCCAACAUUUGGUGUAGUGUAUUAAAUAGGUGCAAAGACGACAGACAAGCAUUUUCUACACUCCACAAUGUUGUUUAAAUCAAUUAUACCGCUGGCCAUUUGUGCGCUCACCUUCAGGCCAUUUUUGGCAGCCGCAUCAACGGACGAAUCAGCAAAGCCGUCCGAUGAGAAACAAUUCGCCGUUGAACUCGAUCCGGAAACAUUCGACGAGGCCAUCGGUGCCGGCAAUGUCUUUGUGAAGUUUUUUGCGCCAUGGUGUGGCCAUUGCAAGCGUCUGCACCCGCUGUGGGAGCAGCUGGCUGAGAUCAUGAACAUUGAUGAGCCGAAGGUGACCAUUGCCAAGGUGGACUGCACCAAGCACCAGACGCUAUGUGCCGAUCAUCAGGUGACCGGCUAUCCGACGCUGCGUCUUUUCAAGCUGGGCGAAAAGGAGUCCGUCAAAUUCAAGGGCACACGGGAUCUGCCCGCCAUUACGGAUUUCAUUAACCAGGAGCUCAAUACGCCAGCCGAGGAGGAUCUGAGUGAGCAGCAGCUGCAGGAGGGCGGUGACAGGAAUCCCAAUUUGGGCAAGGUCGUUGACCUGACCGAGGACACGUUCGCCAAGCAUGUGUCCACCGGCAAUCACUUUGUCAAGUUCUUUGCACCCUGGUGCAGCCAUUGUCAGCGCCUGGCUCCCACCUGGGAGGAGCUGGCCUCAGAGCUGAUCAAGGAGCCGGAUGUAACGAUUUCGAAAAUCGAUUGCACACAAUAUCGCAGCAUCUGCCAGGACUUCGAGGUCAAGGGCUAUCCCACACUUCUCUGGAUCGAGGAUGGCAAGAAGAUUGAGAAAUAUGCCGGCGCCCGUGACCUGGCCACGCUGAAGAGCUACGUGGAGAAGAUGAUCGGUGCUCCCAGCACCAACAACAACGACCUGGACGAUGCGACCAAAGAAGCGCAAGAUGAGGCCAAGAAGCAAACGGUGCAGCAGCUAAAUGGCAGCGAGGAGUUCGAGAAGGCCAUCGCCGAUGGCAUUGCCUUCGUCAAGUUCUAUGCGCCGUGGUGCGGACACUGCCAGAAGCUGCAGCCCACCUGGGAGCAGCUGGCCACAGAGACGGUGGGCAUUGUGAUUGCCAAGGUCGAUUGCACCUCGCCGGACAACAAGCAGAUCUGCGUCGACCAGCAGGUCGAGGGCUAUCCGACGCUCUUCCUCUACAAAGACGGCAAGCGCCAAAACGAGUACGAGGGCAGUCGUUCGCUGCCAGAGCUGCAGGCGUACGUCAAGAAGUUCAUUGGACACGAUGAGCUCUGAGCUGUACAUCAACAUGAAAGCCGAAACCAACACCAACACCAACAUCAUCUACAUCAAAUGAUGAACAAAUCUAGAUACGGAAUUACAUGUGAAUGUCAUAAAGAAAAUCGAAUGCAGCUGCAGCCUCUGUGAGGGAAAUGUAGUCAUCCAUUUAGACAAAAAGAAAGAUAGAAAGAACAUAAAUCAAUCAGAAAGUAUAAUAAUAAAAUCUAAUUAAA